GAAUGGUUUGCCUGAGGAUGGAGAAGUAUGCUGGGCCUGGUCAGUGGUAAAUCACUCACCCAAGUCACGUCUGAUGAUUUUAAGGGGAAAGUGAAACAUGCUGUCCUGCAUCUGCUCUGAAGAACUAGAGAGAGACUGAAGUCAGGAUGGCGUAUAUACAGUUGGAACCCAUCAAUGAGGGGAUCCUGUCCAAACUGUCCAACUUCCUGCUGUGUCGCUGGACAUGCCAGGCCUGCUGCCGGUCAUGCUUGGAGUGCAGCUGCUGCCAGCCCAGCGACGAGGAGGUGGAGAUCCUGGGACCCUUCCCUGCACAGACACCUCCCUGGCUAGUCAGUGACAAAAAUGAUGAAAAGGAUGGGGACUCGGACAACACAGCAAGUGACCCACCAGUGACGCCCCAGGAUGCCUCCCCAGACCAGCGGAGAUCCAGCUCUGACACCUCCCGCUCCACCUACAGCCUCACACGUAGAGUCUCCAGUCUGGAGUCUCGGAGGCCGAGUUCCCCCCUGAUCGACAUCAAGCCCAUUGAGUUCUGGGCCAUGGGUUCCAAGAAGGAGGCAGUCCAGCCCCCGGUGCUGCGCAAACCUUACGUGCCAGCGGACGAUUACUUCCGCAAGUUCGAGCCACGGCUGUACUCAGUGGAUUCGAGCAGCGAUGACGUGGACUCCCUAACCGACGAGGAGAUCCUGUCACGCUACCAACUGGGCAUGCUGCACUUCAGCACGCAGUAUGACCUCCUGCAGAACCACCUGACGGUGCGUGUCAUCGAGGCCCGCGACCUGCCCCCACCCCUGGCCUGCGAUAGCUCACGCCAGGACAUGGCCCACUCCAACCCCUACGUUAAGAUGAGCCUGCUGCCCGACCAGAAGAACUCCCGCCAGACCGGCGUCAAGCGCAAGACGCAGAACCCCGUCUUUGAGGAGCGCUACACCUUCGACAUCCCCUUCCUGGAGGCCCAACGGCGCACCCUGCUCCUCUCCGUCGUCGACUUCGACAAGUUCUCCCGCCACUGCGUCAUCGGCAAGGUGGCCAUGUCCCUGUGCGACAUUGACCUGGUCAGAGGAGGGCACUGGUGGAAGGCACUGGUUCCCAGUUCACAGAAUGAGGUGGAGCUGGGGGAGUUGUUGCUGUCUCUCAACUACCUGCCAAGCGCUGGGAGGCUCAACGUGGACAUCAUCCGAGCCAAGCAGCUGCUGCAGACUGACAUGAGCCAGGGAUCAGACCCCUUUGUGAAGAUCCAGCUGGUGACAGGGCUCAAGCUGGUGAAGACUAAGAAGACCUCAUGCAUGCGGGGCACCAUCGACCCCUUCUACAAUGAGUCCUUCAGCUUCCGGGUCAUGCAGGACGACCUGCAGGACGCCAGCCUGGUCUUCACAGUAUAUGGCCACAACAUUAAGAGCAGCAACGACUUUGUGGGGCGCAUUGUGAUUGGCCAGUACUCAACAGGCCCCCCCGAGUCCAGCCACUGGCGGCGCCUGCUGACAUCACACCGCACCCCCGUGGAGCAGUGGCAUAGCUUGCGGUCCCGGGCCGAGUGUGAUCGCGUGUCCCCGGCUUCGCUUGAGGUCACGUGAUCACUGGGGGGCUCUGCAUCACCAUACUCACUGGAGACUGAACAACAUUUUUGAACUGUUAUGAAACUACCAACAGUAGGUUCAUGUAGAAGCCAUUAUGUAGUUGUUAUGCUGGAGAUAGAGAUGUGCUCACUUAUCUGAACUACCCUUAGAUAGACAAAAUGAUCUAUUGUGCUAAAUCUGCAUUCUUCCUGGGUAUUUUUAAUUUAUUUCAGUUAGUUGUAAUUCAUUAAAUGUCCAACAGGUGGGGAUGGUGUAUAUACUGUGCAGGGUGAAGUCAGUUGGCUGUUUUGCAUGCACAUAAUCACAUAAUCAGAAUUUAACCAACUAUCAUGAGAUCCCUGUGGAAAUAGAGCUUUCUUCUGUUUAAAUGUUCUCUCCUUAAGACAAAUGUACAGCACUAAAAGCACUAAUUGAUGUAAUUCACAUCACGCGCCAUGACAUGUAGACUCAGAGUCAAAGAGCUAGGAGAUCCUGGGUUCGUAUCCAGCUUCAUACAGAUGCGUAUGAAAUGAUCUGCACUUAAAAAAAAAAAAAAACAUACCGUUAAUAUUAGGUCAGCAUAUGUCUAUCUGGAGCCAAAGCUUAGUGAAUUCAGUCCAGAGAGAAUGAACGUGAGGGGAGAGAGAGAGACAGAGACAGAGUAUAACUGCAGUUACAACUCCACCCCCCCAUCUCUCCCCCAACCCUCUCAGCAAACUGCAAACCCGCAUACCUCACUAGACAGCCUCAUGCGUGCCCUAUGUCUGUGCUUCUGCCUUCUCUCCAUGUAAACUCAAUGGGAAUGAAAAACAAAACACAGAUGAGAACCGCGGACAGAAAUCAGUGUUGGUGUGCGACUAAAACGUCGUUACUGAUGUAUACAGUUUUGGAUAUAGUGUGGAUGUGUGUUUGUUUAUUGUGUUUUGUUCACACCGAGAUUUCUUCACAACCCCCCCACUCCCCGCUUCAUAAACACGCACAUAUACACUUGUUAGCAUAUACACCGAACUGCACACACAGUGCUUAACCUCAUUUAUGUCCUGUAAAUAAUGUAUAAAGUUACUGUAUUUGAUCUUCUGUGACCCCCUUAAAGAGGAUGUAAUGAAUAUGUGUGUGUCAGUUUGUGUUGGGGUCCCCCAUGGAGGACUGUGGGAAGUGUAGUUUCAUUUAGAAAAAAAUACAUCUUCCACAGUGCCUUCCUGCAGUGGAACAAAUUUAUUGCCUUCAAAGAUGGUGGAGGAAGGAGACUCCCUUUAAAAAAAUCUAUCCAUGGUGUAAUUUUCAUGGCAGUAGAUCAUAAGUGUUUUUCUUUCAGCAGAAUAUGCUAAAGAGAUUAACAUUUUACGCCCUCUAAAAUUCAUCCCUGUUCAGAUAAUGAGCCGGAAUACAACUGGAACAAUUCCACUAGGCGGCGCGCUAAGAUUGAUCUCAGUGCCACUUUCCUAAUUGGAAAUAGUACAUGAAGACAUAUUAACCCACUAAGAAAUGACAGAUUCAAUUGAGGCAGCACGCCCUUACACAGUGUAGCACCUUCAGAGCUGCUGAACUGGAAAGUGUGAUCUCAGCACCAAGCAAAGGCUUAGUGUCAUACCCUCUCAACGAGACAUCUGCUAGGGGCAAGGAGAUUACUUUAUUCAGGGUGCACGUUCCCUGCAGUAUUGAGAAUGGCAACUGUAUUGGCAUCCGUUUGAGACAGAUGACCAAUUUAUCUCUGGCAUCCAGUUAUCAGCAACCUACUGCAAAAAACAUCUUGUCACUGUAUUGUGGCUUACUUGGCCUAUACAUGCCGAGACAAGGUAUGCACUUGAGGCAUUCUCAUAGCAAUACAGGCCAGAGAAGGCAUGCUGGGCUUCUUCCUGUCAAAGGAUUAGGGAUGUAGCCUGUCAAGUGUUGCUUCAGCGUCAGUGUUUCAUCCUCCUUCUCCUGUGCGUAUGUUCUCGUCUUUGGGUUUGGCUGUCCUCAGCUCCCUACUAAAUGCUGCAUUCUGGAAUUCUGGAAUCUAUUCACAGUGUAUACUUUCACUGCGGUUGCACGGUAGGACUGGAAGAGGUUCCAAAAUCCUACUAGGGUUUAAAGGAAGCCAGGGAGCCAGUGUGCCAUAUCCCUCUACUGGUGCACAUAGAUUUCUCACUGUUGUUUGUUUUAAUGUACAGCAGACUGUUUGAAUCCAGUAUAGCAUGACCUUGGUCCUGAGUAGUGCCAUGUCCUAGCCACAAUGAGAUUGUAUGUACUAUAUCUUCAUAAUCCAAUAAGUCAUGUUAUAUCACUUCACGAUCACAAUAACAAAGUACAGAAUGUUUUAUUAAAAUGAUCCACAGGGGUGCUGAACACUGGCUUCGUCGUUUUCUCUGAACCCCUCUUCGAAAUCCAGUGAUAUACAGGGUUUAUCAGCAUUUGUGCAUCAUAAGGAAGACUCUAUAUAUAGACUACUUUACUGUAUGUUCAAACUGGGACCAUGUAGCAUAAAAUGUGUAGUUCAGGUGGAAUUUGGCCAUUUUGUCAAAAAACUGAAACUGUCAUCAGGUACUCUAACCCAGGGUUAACCCUGGUCCUGGGUACCCCCUGUGUCUGCUGGUUUUCAUUCCAGAUGAGUUCUCAAUUACUGAACUAAUAAUGUGCUCAAUUAGACCUUUUUAAUUGUUCUCAGCACCUAACAAGUUGCUGAUUUCAAGUUACUUGUUGUGUAGGCAACUUGAAAUCACAAACUGUAUAAAAGAGGAAAACAGUUAAAAGAGUCUUAUUAAGCUAAUGAAUAGUUAAGGGUUCAAUUAAGUAACAGAGAACUCAGUUGGAAUGAAAACCAACAGACACAGGGGGUCCCCAGGACCAGGGUUGGGAACCCCUGCUGUAACGCACCACCUAGUACCCUAUGAUGCACAACUUGAUUUUACCCUGUGAUACUAUUAUCAACAUUGUUAUUGUGUGUCAUAACUUUCUAUCAUACUGUUUUAAGAAGCUGCUAUUCCAGUUUUGCCAAGCUAUGGCCUUUUGAAUUGUUACCUGGUGUCUCUGUGUCUAUAGCUACUGAAUCGAGAAAAUGUGCUGUCAGAACCUUUGUUUUGUGUUUCCAUGGUGACAAAACAAUACGCUAAAAAGCCUCUUUACCUAUGGCAACUUUACAGCAGUUAAUUACUUGCAAUGGGUUGCAGGCCACUUGUGCUGGUGUAGCUCAAAGCAACCAUUUGCCCGAGAGCACUUUGGUUGUUUAUUGCGUAGCCAAGAAGUGCUGAUCUCUGUGAAGCUUGGCUGUUUCGGAUACUGCUGACCCCUGGGGGUGAAACUAGGUACUGGGAUUAGGGCCUCAUUGAAACUGUUGCAAGCAACUAGCUGUUGUGAAAUCGACCAGUAUAUGGGGUCAAAAGCCCAUUAAGUACGAGACCACUUUUGGUCAGCUGGUUAGUGUUAUUUGAGCUACUUUGUGCAAAUUGCUUAAGACAGUCACAUGCAACCAGUUGAACAGUAAUUUGCCAGAAAUAGUUGUCCAGAAGUUGCCUCGUGAUUAAUGGGCUUUAAAGCCACAGUCGUGUGUGUGUGUGUGUGCCGGGACCUGGCCCUGGGUCUCUCAGUGUUGAAUCAGAACAACUCCUUGCUGCCCUCCAGCUCGUUCUUGUUAUUCAGGCAAGCAGGCUAGUUUACUGUCUUCUUUGUCCCUAGGUCAGAAGCUUCUGUACGUUCUCACAGCAUAUUGUGUGAUGUUUUAUAAAGUGUAUAUUUAUUGACAAUAAAGAUGAUAUAUUGGUGCCAUGCAUACGGC